UCAUCAGCACUAUCAAUCACCAUUCCUCAGAGAUUUUGUUAUAACUUGUUCCGCAAGCUACUAAAACCCUAUUCUUCCUCAUCGACCCGCAGCAAAAGCCAUGAACUACAAUGGGCGAAGACUCUACUCCGUUCAUACGAGAGAGGAGAUUCGUGAGAAGAUGAUGAAGGAAGUAGUUCAGAUCUCGCAAGUGUUCUCUCUGUCGCUGUCUGAUGCAACCGUGAUCCUAGUCCAUCUAUGUUGGAACUUGUGCAAGGCUUCAGAUCGUUUGGUAGACGACAAGGAGAAGUUUCUGUCGGAAUUAGGUUUGGUUGGAUCUUCUGAUGAAGAUCUUGAGGUGGCCGGUGAAGGAGAUGACAAUCUCGUGUCCACGCCUUUUUGCUCACAUAAGUUCUCUAGAGAUUUCUGGAGAGAUUAUCUCAGCAAAACUCUAAAGAAGAAGGAGGACGAGAGAGUACUAUUGAUCUCUUGCUUGAGCCAAGACUGUCACGCGUCCGUUGGACCAGCCACGGUCGAGAAACUCGGAGAGCCAGUGAAGGAGAUGUACGAGAGCUACCUUCUAGCAUCUUUUAUGGAGAGCAACAAAGAAACAAUCAAACGGUGUCCUGACUGCGAAGACUACGCCAUCCAGCGUUGUCAUGAGGAUCCAUCAUCAGAAGAUUCUGGUGUGGUGUGUUUGUGCGGUCACAGAUUCUGUUGGAGUUGCCAGGUCGAGCCACACCGACCGGUGACUUGCAACAAUGCUUCCUUUUGGUUGAAUGAACUAUUGUAUAAAUCAAGAAACCUUGCGCGGAUCGGUAAAAGGAUCAAACAUUGUCCUGAAUGCUACAGACUCGUGGAAAAUCACGACGGUGUAUGGAAGUGUACCGACUGCUCCGUUUCCCAACCAAGCAAUGACUCGGCUCUAAUACGUCACAUGACACUAUGGGAGACAAGUGAUGGCGCACUGCAGAGAUCUAAAUGGGAUCUUGAAGCCGUUGAGGAAAAAAUAAUGGAUGCUAAUUGUUCAAGAGAGCUAGACGUUAAGGCUCUAAGAGAAGCAUGGAUGCUGACUGUUCAAUGCAGACUUGUGCUGAAAUGGAGCUGCGUGUUUGGUUAUCUCAUAAGUGAUUACCAUAGCGCCAAGAAGCAGUACCUUGAUUACCUUCGGGAGAAAGCUACUGCAAAUCUUUCUAAGCAUAAAGAGACUCUAGAUGAGGUGACGGGUGGAGUCAUCACAGGUGGUGGAGGUAUCACUGCCUUUAGGCAGAAGUUGGGAGACACAACAGCAACAACUGGCAACUACUUCCGUUUCUUUGUAAAGACUCUUGAAGAUGGUUUGUGUGAUGUUAAGGUUGAUGCUUAUGAGGAUGUAACCACUGAUUACUGGUUCUGCGAUCGAUGCACGUUUCAGAACGACUCUUGUGAUCAAGAGUGUAGGAUGUGUGUUUUCUCUUUCGAGUCUCCUCCUCAUGUGGCUCUAUGUAACAGCAACAGUAGUGCAAGUAGUUCCCAUCAACAACAACAAGUCCCAAACGUGCCCAAUAAUCCAAUGGCAAGUCAAGGAGGAACCAAAUAAGUGAUAGUGAUAUUGUUUUUUUUUCUGGUUUAAUUUGGAUUGUCUUUUGUUUUUUUUUUUUUUUCAUUUGGGGUUUAAGUCUUCAGAGUCACAUUUGUGUUUCCUUAUUACAUAACACUUGAUAAUUAAGUUUGUUUGUUUAAGUUUUGGAUAAACUUUGUUGA